GGAGUAAAAGGGGCUCGGAGGGGCCGAGAGGGGCUCGGACUGGACCAUCCAGGAAAGGGGGAGGGGAGAAACUGGACUGUACCAAGAUUCCCUGGAUAAAGGUCCCCAGCUUUACUGAACUCCUUGGAAAGGGGGGUCAGCUCCCUGAACCCACACCCAGCCUGGAGGGAAGAUGAAACCAGCGAGGAAGGCUGCCGGCUCCUCCUCUUCCUCUUCAAGCAGCAGCAGCCGCUCGCCGCCUUCUACUCGGGCCAAAGCUCAGAAGCGCAAGACAGCCCUGGAGGAGGGUCCCAGACUAGAGGAAGGAGUUGGAGGGGAGGAGGCUCCAGAUCAACCGCCAGCGUUUGUGGGUGCCCGGCGCAUGCAAGUGCAGAUGGACCCCAGCUUGCGGGAACUGGCAGGAGCUCAUGAGGACCCCUAUAAACUGCCCGAGGGGGAAGGGGGCCGAGGGACUGAGGCCUGUGGUGUGGAAGCCUCUUUGAACCGUAAGACAGCCACUUUUAAAUCCCGGGCACCAUGCAGGAAGUUCCCAGGGACUGAGGAAUCAAACGGGAGUGAGGGUCCUGUGCCACCCGCGGAGGAGGAACCCCGGCGCUGUCCCUCAUCUAGUACGGACACAGCCAGUGAACACUCUGCGGAUGAGAACGACAAGGUGGCGGGGGACGUGUGGGGCACGCCCCCAAACGAGUACGAUUUUCGGCAGUUGCGUUGUCAGCGGGUGCUGGCGCAACGGGAGGGACUGUUCCAGCCCGCCAUUGUGAAGCAGAUCCGCCGAGGGCAGGACUUAGGGGUGCAGUUUGUGGGGGACCGUGUGACAGCAUACUAUGAAGGGGCCCUGGGCUCGGGUGCUGUGGAUGUGGUCCUGGAUGCCACACCGCCGCCAGGGGCAUUGACGGUGGGCACGCCUGUCUGUGCUUGCAUAGACCCCGAGGAGACCGCUUAUCGGGAAGGCACAGUGGUUGAGGUGAGCGUCAAGCCGGCUUCCUACAAAGUACAAUUUGCCCGCCCUGUGGUGCUCCCUGGAGUUGGGGGAGCGGCAGCUCGGAAAGAGUCCGCCUGGGUGCCACGAUCUGCUCUCCGUCUCCUCCGCCCACCUUGGAGCUGUGAAGCCCCCCCUGAAGGCAACAAACCCCCUGAAAAGCCACCUCCUUUGCCAGAAGAGGAGGAGGUGGCUUUGGCUGUUCCCUGCCCGGAACCAAAGCAACCCGAGGAUGCUGAGGUCUCCAAGAUCAGUGCCGGUGUGCGGGUGGAGGAGAAGUCCGUGGUGGUGCCUCCCCAGAUUCUCUCGCCGCCCAAAUCGCCUGCCUUCCCCCGCCUCCCUGAGCAGCCUUCCCCUCUGCUGAGCCCCGAAGCGAGCGGAAGCCGCAGCAGCAGCGUCAUGUCAGUGGACAAAUGCAGCACGCCGGGCUCCUCACGCUCCCGCACGCCCCUGACGGCGGCCCAGCAGAAGUAUAAGAAAGGGGACGUGGUGUGCACCCCCAACGGUAUCCGCAAGAAGUUCAACGGGAAGCAGUGGCGGCGGCUGUGCUCCCGGGAAGGCUGCAUGAAGGAGUCUCAGCGGCGGGGCUAUUGCUCCCGCCACCUCUCCAUGCGUACCAAGGAGAUGGAGAGCCUCUCUGAAGGCCGGGCCAGUGGGUUGCGGGACGGCAGCGCCGAAUUUGAUUGGGACGACACCUCGAGAGACAGUGAGGCUAGCAGCGCUCGAGGGGACUCCCGGCCUCGCCUGGUGGCUCCUGCUGAUCUGUCCCGCUUCGAGUUUGACGAGUGCGAAGCGGCUGUCAUGCUGGUCUCUCUGGGCAGCUCUCGCUCAGGCACCCCUUCUUUCUCCCCUGUCUCCAACCAGUCCCCCUUUUCGCCCGCACCUUCCCCCUCCCCCUCCCCUCUCUUUGGCUUCCGGCCAGCCAACUUCAGCCCCAUAAAUGCCUCGCCCGUCAUCCAGCGAGCAGCUGCUGCUCGCAGCCGCCACGUGAGUGCCAGCACCCCAAAGGGGGUAGGGGGCACCGUGUUGAGUCCCGAGAUGUUGCACCAUGCCACCUCCCGGGAGCGCCACCACUCGGGCAUCACCUUCCAGACCAACCUCACCUUCACGGUGCCCAUGAGCCCAAGCAAACGGAAAGCAGAGUCCCACCACAGCAGCACCGGCUCCAACGCUGACUUUCACAAGAACGACAGCCUCGACUCGGGCGUAGAAUCCGUCUCGCACACCCCGACCCCUUCCACCCCAGCCGGCUUCCGGGCGGUGUCACCUGCCGGAGCCGGGCCUUUUUCCUCUCGCUCGCAGCAGGCAUCUCCGCUCCUCCUGAUGCCCCAGCCGACGGGACUGACCUCCGACCCUAGCCCUACGGUUCGGAGGGUGCCCGCCGUGCAGAGGGACUCUCCGGUCAUUGUGCGCAACCCGGAUGUGCCCCUGCCUUCCAAGUUCACGGAGAAGCCCUUGGAAGGGCGAAUGGGCAGCCCAAGGAUGGGCAAAGCUGGCUCCAAGGAACACUUGCCAGGCAAGGGGCAACUCCAGGUCCCAGUGCCUAUAAAUGUGGGCCGGACUCUGCCUUCCAGUCAGCCCAGUGCCGUCUCGGCCACUGAACAAGCCCCGCCUGCUUUCAGCGUCUCCUCCCCCUUCCAGCCUGUUGCCUUCCACCCCUCCCCAGCAGCCCUCCUGCCAGUCAUCGUCCCUGGCGAGUAUAGUGGCCAUCCUGCACCAAAGAAAGAGAUCAUCAUGGGAAGACCUGGCACAGUGUGGACGAAUGUGGAGCCGCGGUCAGUGGCGGUAUUCCCGUGGCACUCCCUGGUGCCCUUCCUGGCACCCAGCCAGCCUGAUUCCUCGGUGCAGCCCAGCGAAGGCCAGCAGCCUGUCAGUCAUCCCUCCACGUCCAGUCAGAACAAAGAACCUCCGGAAUCGGCUGCGGUGGCCCAUGAGCUCCCGGGCGCGUCUUCAGGGCCCGGGGCUGAGACCGGGAAGCCGAAUACCUCUCGCCCUGACAGCCCGGCUCCGGUUCCCCAGCCCCCAUUGGCAGGAACGCCGGGAGGGGGUGGGGUUCCAUCCCAGCACGAGGAUGAUGUCCCAGGGCAUCCACGUGUGGACAGCGAGACGGAGAGCGACCACGACGAUGCAUUCCUGUCCAUUGUAUCUCCUGAGAUCCAGCUGCCACUGCCUCCGGGCAAGCGUCGCACCCAGUCGCUGAGUGCCCUGCCCAAAGAGCGGGAUUCGUCCUCCGAAAAGGAUGGGCGCAGUCCAAACAAGAGAGAAAAAGAUCAUAUUCGGCGGCCUAUGAACGCCUUCAUGAUUUUCAGCAAGCGACAUCGGGCUUUGGUGCAUCAGCGGCACCCGAACCAAGACAACCGCACCGUCAGCAAGAUUCUGGGCGAGUGGUGGUAUGCCUUGGGGCCAAAAGAGAAGCAGAAAUACCACGACCUUGCCUUUCAGGUGAAAGAAGCCCAUUUCAAAGCACACCCCGAUUGGAAGUGGUGUAACAAAGACCGAAAGAAGUCUAGCUCUGAUGUCAAGCCUGCUGGGCCAGGGGGAUGUGCAAAGGAGACCCGAGAGCGCAGCAUGUCCGAGACGGGGACUGGUGCUGUGCCGGGAGGUCCUUCGGAGAUGCAGGUGCUCCUCAGUGCGGAGGGUAAAGCAGGUGUCAUAGGGCCUGGGCAUGGCCAUGGAGAACGGAUCCUGCCCACAGCAGGGCCUGGUGCGCAGCGCCCACGGGCCUUCUCUCACAGUGGGGUCCAUGGGCUGGAGAGUGACCGAGACAGCCAAGUGCUACAAGAGCUCACUCAGAUGUGUUCAGGACCGUCUCUAUAUAUCACUGCGAAGGGACAAUAUGGGGGGCUGGGCCCCUCGGGGUCCCCUUUUGCAACUCCCGGUGAAGGGCCCCGCCACGCCCUACACCCGCAUCCCCCCCGCGUCUCCCAUUCUCAGCGGACAGCCAGUGAGGACAUGACCAGCGAUGAGGAGCGCAUGGUGAUCUGUGAAGAAGAGGGCGAUGAUGACGUCAUCGCUGAAGAUGGGUUCAACCCAGCGGACGUUGACUUGAAAUGCAAGGAGCGAGUGACAGACAGUGACAGUGAAGGGUCCCUAGGAGAUGAAACUGACCACAAGGACUUCGGGCGGAAGCCUUUCUCCCCAGUGAUCCGCUCUGCAACCUUGCCCACUUCCUCUGGUGCCUUUGCCCCUUGCCGUCCGGCCCCUCCCCUGGACUUAGAGCCGCCACCCCCACCUCCUCCUCCUCCUCCUGGUCACGACCAGCCGCCGUCUGCUUCCAAACCCUACAGCUCCUUUCAGAUGGCACCCAGCACCUUCAAGGCCCAAGAAUCCCGGGGAGGAGGGCUCCGCCCGCACAGCAUCCCGGCCAAGCGCCUGGAGCCCCGGUUCGACCCAGCGGCAGCCACUGCCUCCUACAGGCGGAAGCGGGCCGACAGCGCCGGAGGCCCUCAGACCGCCCCAGAGUCCGGCACAGCGCCCCACGCCUUCCCCAUGCACUCCGUCAUCUCUCCACCCGGCGGCGUGGUGCAAGCGGUGGUGCUACCCGAUUCUGCCCGCUUGUCCUCCGGCACGGUGCUGGUGACCGCCCCCUCCAUGAACGCCGCCAACGUGGGGGUGAUCGGCUACAGCGGGGCGCCCAGCCUGGUGCGCACAGCCCCCACUGUCGUCACGAACGUGGUCAAACCGGUCAGCAGCACUCCGGUGCCCAUCGCCAGCAAGCCCUUUGUGCGUGGAUCAGGGGAGGGGCUUCCAUUGCUCAGCCCUCCCCCCGCAGAUGGGAAUGCCAAGCCAGAAGGGAUUUCUGUGGGGCGUCUUGGCCUGGUCUGUUCCGACAAGAAGAUCCCACCGUCCUCCACAAUACCCGGGGUUCAAGGCACAUCUCCGCAUUUAGUAGCCGGGCCCCUUAUUGGGCAGGGCUUGACUGCUGUGGGGAAGGGCCCCCCAGGCCAGGGGAGCGUGGUCACCAACCUACUUGUAGGAACUCAAGGCUAUGGGGCAGCUUCUGGUGCAGGAGGUGCGGGCGUCCCAGUGACCAUGCUGCCCCCUGGGGCCAUUACCCAGCAGCCCUCAGUACAGUUCAUCACCCAGAACCCACCUGGGCAGAACGGUCCAGUGCCACUCAGCAUCCUGCAGCCUCAAGGCAUCCUGUCGAGGGCAGCGGGCAAGGCCGGCAGCAUCACGCAGGUGCAGUACAUCCUCCCCACUUUGCCUCAGCAGCUGCAGGUGGCUGGCGGGAAAGUGCCAGCAGGAGGAGCGGGCGCCCCCGGGGCUGCCAGCAUCCACUUCACGCUGCCGCCAGCCAAUGGGAAGGUGAUCACCACGCCCCAAGCGAUCCCCAUCAUCCAGCCUGCCCCAGGAACCAGCAACAGCAGCGUGACCGUCAUGUCCUCAGCACCGAAAGUCCAGUCCGUGUCUCCAGUGCAGUCACCUUCUCCUGGGAGUUCAGCCCACUUGGUGUCUGGGCAGAUGAUGAAUUCCGCUGGGCUCCAGAUGCAAGGCAAAGUCCUGGUGCCCAUGGCGGCCCCCCAGGUGGCGGUGCGGACCACCGCGGCUGCCCAGCUGCCUCUCGCGGCCUCACCUUUCCCUGUUCCGGUGCAGAAUGGCAGCCAGCCAGCCAGCAAGAUCAUCCAACUCACCCCAGUGCCAGUGGUCCAGCCGCAGUCCUCUUCGCAGUCCACGGCCACCUUGGUACCCCCGCUGAGUCCAGCUGCUCUGCAGGGCACCGUCGCCACGGCCGUGGUGGGAACCCCGAGCCAAACCCAGAAGGUGCUGUUGCCGUCCUCGUCCACCAGGAUCACCUAUGUGCAGUCAGCAGCUGGGCACCCCUUGUCCCUGGGCACCUCGGCCUCCCACACGCAGCCCAGCGCCCCCCCGGCCGCACCCGCCACCACCUACGUCCAGUCCCCGGUGGGCCCUGCCCCCAUGGCGCUGGGCUUCACGGCGAUCGGGCCAAACGGGCAGGCCAUAGUGCAGCCGCUGCUCUCGGGUCAGAACCCUCUGCUGGCUCCCGGCCAAGUGGGGGUGUCUCCGCUCCAAAGCCCCCAGCUCCCCACUUCCUGCGCUGGCCAAGGGCAGGUCAUCACUGCCAUCUACCCCAGCCCAACAGGGACCAGUCCUGCUCAGGCCGCCAGUCACAACGUGGUCUAUACGGUGGCGGCCACAAGCACCGCCCCGGCCUCCUCUUCCGCAGCCAUCCUGCCCAAAGUGGGUGGCAGCGGCAGCACCAGCAGCACCAGCAGCACGCCAGGCUCCGGGACAUCCAGCCAGGGCUUGGUUUCUACAGCCGCCCAAGCGGUUCCUUCGGCCGUUGCCCGGCCUCAGCGCCCACCUCUCAAGCCUCCCCAGAAGGUGAAAGCCACCGUUGCCAGCAUCCCUGUGGGCUCUUACGAGACAGCUUCCUCGCCGGGCUCGGUCCGGCCGCACGGGGGCCCGCCGCCGGAGUCUGCUGGGGCACGAUACCAUCGGGGGGCUGAAGCAGUGGAACGGGCCUCCCGGGAGACAGGAGCCCCCGAGCCCUCUGCUUCCCCCCCUGCCUGCCGGGCUUCUGAGCCGGGCCUGGUCAAAGCCCAGGAGUCGAAGCAGGAUUCCUGGGAACCGGUGUCUCCCCCCUCCCCCCAGCAAGGCCAUGGGACCGAGGCGGCGACCACAGAAGCCUGGAGCCAGCAGGAAACAGCGGGAGCGCCCACCGAGGAGAGGGCCGUCCGUGACCCCCCGCCGGUCCCUCCGUCAGGCAGCAAAGGGACUGAGACGGCCUUGAAGUUCCCCGCUUCCCCCGACUGGAGAACUGCAGGUCCUGAGGGCCGACCGGAGGCUCCAGCCCCGUCCGUGGGGCCCUCCUCCUCCUCCUCCUCCUCGCUCAGCCCUGGCCCUCCAAACUCCGGAGAGGGUUCUCGGUGCGGGGCUUCUGCCCUUCCUCCAGUGGCUCCCUUUGCCUCUACCUCUGAAGGACCGGAGCCAAAGGAGGGACCAGUGGGGAAGAAAGUCAAAGUCCGGCCCCCUCCCCUGAAGAAAACCUUUGAUUCCGUGGACAACAGGGUUCUUUCCGAGGUGGAUUUUGAGGAGCGUUUUGCCGAGCUCCCCGAGUUCAAGCCUGAAGAAGUCUUGCCCUCGCCCACGCUGCAGUCCCUUGCCACCUCACCCCGUGCCAUCCUGGGCAGCUACCGGAAGAAGCGCAAGAACUCCACCGACUUGGACUCCUCCACGGAAGACCCGAUCUCCCCCAAGCGGAAGAUGCGGCGCCGCUCCAGCUGCAGCUCAGAGCCCAACACUCCCAAGAGUGCCAAGUGUGAAGGAGACAUCUUCACCUUUGACAAAACGGGCACAGAUACAGAUGAUGUCCUCGGGGAGCUUGAGUACGAGAAGGUGCCGUAUUCAUCCCUUCGACGUACCUUGGACCAGAGGAGGGCUCUGGUCAUGCAGCUCUUCCAGGAUCAUGGCUUCUUCCCCUCAGCACAAGCGACGGCCGCUUUCCAAGCCCGCUACUCCGACAUCUUCCCUACCAAAGUCUGCUUGCAGCUCAAGAUCCGGGAAGUGAGGCAGAAGAUCAUGCAAGCCGCCACCCCGACGGAGCAGCAGCCACCGAGCACACCAGAACCCGGGGGCCCCGGGGGCCAAGGCGGCACGGCCAUGGAGGGACAGCCUUUGGAGCUGGCCUUCGCACAGGACCCAGCACAAGGGGCAGAAGCCGCGGCCGCCACCAGCACAGCUCCCCCAGCAGCCCCUCUUCCUACCACAGCAGCUGGUUGGGACUGUAAUCAGCAAUCUUCCCCUAUGGGGGGCAGCGGCGGCAGCAGCAACAGCAACAACAACAACAACAGCAGCAGCAACAGCAGUAGAUGAAUGGCGUUGCAAAGCCAAGUGAGAGAAACAGCCUUGCGGACAAGGGGUCUUGGAGCUUUGCCCCCCCCAUCUGUCCUCCCAGCUCAUGCCCUUUCCCUGCUAACUUCACUCUUCCCCGGCCCCCCAGCUCGCCCCUCCUGGGACUAAAAAAGGGGGAGCUGUGCCCAGGCGACUCUUCCCGCGCUCCUCUCUUCUUGCCCUCGUUUCCAGCUGUUCUGAUCUGAAAGUGGGGGAGAGGAAGGGUUGUGGAUUCCUGCCGAGCCUUCUGCAGCCCCCCCAACCCCGUUUCCUCCCAAGGAUUCAAGGUGGCGGGGGUCGUGCUGCCGAAAUAUCAACCAUUCCAGGACACAGGCCUUGCCCUUCCUGCUGCGGGGACUUCUGGGGGUGGGGUGGGGUGGGGGAAAGGGGAAAACAGCUGUGGGAGGCAAACAGAAAAGAACCUGUAAAAGCAGCUGAUGCUAAUUUUCAACUCCCUCCCUUUUUAAUAAUGUUAAAUAUGUCGAGAUCCUACGUACUCCUUGCUUCGAUGUCAAUAAGGGGAGCAGGAGGGAGAGUGUCACCCCCCCUCCUCCACAGCUGCAGCACUGGGGACCGAUCCAGAGCGCUGGGCCACCAGAGGAGAAAGGGGAGGGAAGCAAGGCUAUGCAGACCACUGCUGGGGCCAGUUGAGUCUCGAUGGUGCUCCUGUCCCUUUAUCCGGUCAAGGACUCUUGGUCUGAUGCACAGAGAGCGAGAGAUUGAGGAGGAGGGCAGUUGGAGCAGAGACUUGGCAUGUGGCACAGCCUGAAUCUGGACAAGACGAUGGAGGAGGUUGAUGGGGGAAAGAGGUGGGUGAGUCUGGCCCAGCACUGGAGGAGCAAGAAACAAGCAGGUGGUGCUGAUGGAUGGGGGGGAUUUCCCCCCCAAAAAAGUGUGAGUGCCCUGGUGGCCGCAGCCACAUGUUGACCAUGUGUAACCCCUUCUGUCUUGGGGGGGGGCCACCUCACAUACUAUUAAAGCUCUUUAACAAUC